AUGUCCGGGGAAAGCCGGACGGAUGGUAAUCCUAGGCCGGGGCUGGGGGGGUGUCCGGGACUGACUCUCACAGCCUGUCUCCUGUGCACAGAUCCCAGCUUACCCAGACCCUCCAUCUCGCUGAGCCCCACUGGAGUCACCGCCCCAGGGGCAGACGUCACCAUCCGGUGUCAGGGGCAGCGCUGGGACGUGAGGUUCUUCCUGCACAAGGCUGGAGACCUGAACCCGCAGCGACACAUAGACCCUGCUGGGGACGGGGCCGAGUUCCGCAUCCCCACCGUGGGCCGGCAGCACAGAGGGAACUACAGCUGCAGCUACCGGCCCCGAUCAGAGCCCUUCGUUUCCUCGCAGCCCAGCGACCCCGUGCAGCUGGUGGUAGCAGAUCGCAGCUUACCCAGACCCUCCAUCUCUCUGAGCCCCACUGGGGUCAUCGCCUCAGGGGCAAAUGUCACCAUCCGGUGUCAGGGGCAGCGCUGGGACGUGAGGUUCUUCCUGCACAAGGCUGGAGACCUGAACCCGCAGCGACACAUGGACCCUGCUGGGGAUGGGGCCAAGUUCCGCAUCCCCACCGUGGGCCGGCAGCACAGAGGGAACUACAGCUGCAGCUACCGGCCCCGAUCAGAGCCCUUCGUCUCCUCAGAGCCCAGCGACCCCGUGCAGCUGGUGGUAGCAGAAAGAGACUUCAUGACUUGGCCCAUCAUCGUCGGGGUGAGCGCGGCAGCCGCCCUCCUCCUCCUCCUCCUUGUGGCCUUCGUCUGCUUCAGAAAAACCCGAGCCAGAAAAGGAGCCGCACCGAGACCGAGCAGCACCAGCCCUAUGGGGGCAUUAAAGGCGCCAGCUCAGCAAGACCCCACCU